CGGACGGCUCUGGGCCGGCCAGCGCUCGGUCAGCGGCCACCCUCCAGCCGUAAGAAUGCUGCUCCGGCUGCUCUUUGCUUGUGCAGUCCUCCUGACCAUGACUUCUGGGCAGGAUGCCACGAAGGUGCUCCAAGAGAAUCCGUGCUUGUCCAAGCAGACUUGCGGCGAAUGCAUGCAGAGUCCGACGUGCGCCUGGUGUGCUCAGGCCCACUUCGUCACCGGCGACAACACGACGGCGUCGCGCUGCAACAGGGAGCGCAACUUCCGCAGCGGCGCGCUGAGCUGCGACGAACGCCUGCUCAAGACCUGGGCCAACCAGGUUACGGUACCGCGGGAUGAGCCGCUCAGCAGCGAGCAUGAAGGCGACGCCGGCGCCGGCUCGUCCGGAGGCGCGUCCGGCGGCUCUGGCGACUCGUUCGGCUGCUCGUCCGGUGGCUCGUUCGACGCGAUCCAGAUCGCGCCGCAGCACGUGCGCAUGAGUCUGCGCGUGGGCGAGCCGCAGCAGCUGAGUGUCAGGUUCGCGCUGGCGCCCAACUACCCGAUCGACCUCUACUAUCUGAUGGACCUCAGCAAGUCGAUGGAGGACGACAAGCAGAAGCUGUCCACGCUCGGCAACCUGCUGGCCCUCGAGAUGUGCAAGCUGACCACUAACUUCCGGCUGGGCUUCGGCAGCUUCGUCGACAAGGUGCUGCUGCCCUACACCAGCACGCUGCCCGCUGAUCUGGAGCAUCCGUGUGACAACUGCACCGCCCCCUACGGCUUCCACAACUCCCUGCCGCUGACGACCGACAUCGACUCGUUCGCGAGUGCAUUCUCACGUGCCAAGGUGUCGGGAAACCUGGAUUUCCCCGAGGGCGGCUUCGACGCCAUCAUGCAGGCCAUCGUAUGCAAACAGCAGAUCGGCUGGCGGAGCAGCGCGCGCCGCCUGCUGGUCUUCUCCACCGACGCCGGCUCCCACUACGCCGGCGACGGCAAGCUGGGAGGCGUGGUUGAGCCGAACGAUGGCGAGUGUCACUUGGACGAGAAGGGAUUCUACACCCACUCAGACAAGCUCGACUAUCCCAGCGUGUCGCAAAUCAAUCAGAAGGUGAAGCAGAAUAGCAUCAACAUCAUAUUCGCGGUGACGUCGGAGCAGCGCUCCGCGUACGACAUGCUGAGCCAGCACAUCGAGGCGAGCUCGGCCGGCACACUCUCCAGCGACUCCUCCAACGUGGUUCAGCUGGUCAAGGAGCAGCACGACGCUAUCACGUCGUUUGUUGAGCUGAAGGACAAUUCGACGGACUUCGUGCGGAUCCGGUACCACUCGGCGUGCCUGGGCACUGGCGCGCCCGAGGAGACCAACCGCUGCGACGGGCUCAAGAUCGGCCAGCGGGUCAACUUCACCGUCACGGUGGAGCUGGUCAAGUGUCCCGCUGACCCGGCGCAGUGGGAGAGCGUCGUGGAGAUUCGGCCGACGGGCCUGAACGAGUCGCUGGUGAUUCAUCUGACCAAGCAGUGCCAGUGCGACUGUGAGCGCGCCGGUCCCGCCGACCUGUCGCCGGUCCCCGAGUGCAACAACCACGGCUCGCUGCGGUGCGGUCUGUGCGCGUGCGACGAGGAGCACUUCGGCGCGCUGUGCGAGUGCUCGCAGCGCGACGGGGGCGGUCGGCGGGGCGACGACCGCUGCCGCCUGGCCGGAGACACCGGUGACACCUGCCAGGGCCGCGGGGAGUGCGUCUGCGGCCAGUGCCAGUGCUUCGAAAGGUCCAACCCGCAGGAGGUGGUGACGGGCGAGUUCUGCCAGUGCGACAACUUCUCGUGCGACCGUCACGAGAAGCUGCUCUGCUCGGGCCCCGACCACGGCAGCUGUGUGUGCGGCAGCUGCGAGUGCCGACCCAGCUGGACUGGCGGCGCCUGCCAGUGCCCCGCCGGCAACGCCACCUGCGUCGCACCAGGUGACACGAAGCCCUGCUCAGGCAACGGUCUGUGCGAGUGUGGCAAGUGUGUCUGUGACGAGGGCGAGUCGGGCCUGUUCGUCGGCCGGUACUGCGAGGACUGUCCGACGUGCCAGGGCAAGUGCAACGAAUACAGAGCCUGCGUUGAGUGCGUGGCUUUCGACAGUGGUGACCUGCAGGGCAACUGCAACUGCUCUCACCUGCUCAUCAACCGGACAGACGUGGUGGAAGGUGAGAGCUAG